AUGCCUCCGAGGACCAAGGAAGAACCGAUUACUCCCGAGCUGUUGCAGCUUCGUGUGAAGCAAGGCCUCCAAAAGAGAAAGAAGUGUGCGCUUUGCCUACAAAUUUUUUAUGUGGAUGAACUCCCUGGAGCAAUCACGCAUAAGUCUAUAUUGGAACUUCGGCAGAAAUGGGGCAUUGAUGUGCGCCGCGGUGAUCGUAUGCCACCACCAUCUCAGCUUUACAAGAGAGAAGAGCUUUGUGUCUUCUGUAUGCAGUUUUUCGACACAAGUGGAGCCGUGCAGUCCCAGCAGCAAUUGCUAGCUUCCACACGUGGUGGAAUGCCCGCUCGACUGACCUUGCGAUAG